AGAGAGAGAGAGAGAGAGAGAGAAGAGAUUUUCUUCGAGUGUAGAGAGAGAAAAAGGCCUCGCCCUUCUCUCUCUCUCUCUACAGGCAGCACCACAGCUGUGGAAGGUCGAAGACGGACGCAGGCAGCAUGGACCCUGUUGACCCUCACUCCUACGCCGACUCCUCCCAACCCUUCGCCUCCCACCUCGCCCUUUCUCUCUUCUUCGACUUCCCCUCUCGCACCAUCCAUGGCUCCGCCCUCCUCUCUCUUCCCCGCCCCCACGCCGGCCCCCUCACCCUCGACACCCGCUCUCUCUCUAUCUCCUCCGCCAUUGACCCCCUCUCCUCCACCCCUCUUCCUUUCUCUCUCAGCCCCAUUGUUGACCCCAUCAAAGGCCAAUCCCUGACCAUAACCCUCCCCGACUCUGCUCUUGCCUCCGUGCUGUUGACAUUCACUACCUCUCCUCAGGCCUCGGCGAUACAAUGGCUUUCGCCUCCCCAAACUGCACUGAAAACCCACCCUUAUGUGUACACUCAGUGCCAAGCCAUACACACGCGCUCCAUCUUCCCCUGCCAAGAUACGCCGGCUGCUCGCCUGCAGUACACUGCCCUCCUCAACCUGCCUGUGGAGCUCUCGGCGGUCAUGUCGGCGGAGCGCGUGGGCCGUGGUCGUCCUGAGCCGGGGCAGGCCCGGGGGGCAUGUCUGGAUGCCCUCUGGUGUGCCGACACCCGUGUAGUCGAGAGCUUCAAUAUGCAGUGGCCGGUUCCCCCAUAUUUGUUUGCUUUUGCUUGCGGAGCUAUCACAGGGAGGGAUAUUGGGCCGAGGUCUAGGGUUUAUUCAGAGGGGUCCUCUGUGCUGGAGGAGGCGGUGUGUGAAUUUGCAGGCGUGGAGGAGAUGGUGAGGGAAGGGGAGAGGUUGUUUGGGGGGUAUGAGUGGGGGAGGUUUGAUUUGUUGGUGCUGCCCCCAAGCUUUCCUUAUGGGGGAAUGGAGAACCCGAUGAUGGUGUUCUUAACGCCCACUGUGAUCGCCGGGGACGGGACUGGGGCACAGGUGGUGGCGCAUGAGCUUGCCCAUAGCUGGACCGGGAACUUGAUCACCAAUACCAAUAAUGAUCAUUUCUGGCUCAAUGAGGGUUUCACUACAUAUGCAGAGAGGAGGAUUGUAGAGGCUGUUCAAGGAGAAGAGAUUGCUGCUCUGAGUAUUGGAAUCGGGUGGAGGGGUUUACUAGAAGAAGUGGAGAGGUUUAAAGAUAAUAUGGAGUUAACAAAGCUGAAAACAAACCAGGAAGGUAUUGAUCCUGAUGAAAUAUACUCUCAGGUUCCAUAUGAGAAGGGUUUCCAAUUUCUCUGGCGUAUAGAACGCCAGAUUGGUCGCCCAGCUUUUGAUGAGUUCCUGAAGAAAUACAUUGCAACUUUUAAGUUCAAGUCUAUCGACUCCGACACUUUUGUUGAAUUUCUCAAGGCUAAUGUUCCUGGGAUAGAGAAAGAAAUCGAUUUGCAGUUAUGGGUGGAAGGUACAGGCAUUCCUUCUGAUGCCAUGGAACCUGUUUCUAAUCUUUAUACGAAGAUUGUCUCCUUGUCAAAAGAUUUUGUGCUGGGAAAGCUGCCCACAGAGGAGGAUGUGUUGGACUGGCGUGGCCAAGAAUGGGAGCUUUACUUGGAGAACCUCCCCAAAGUUCUUGAUCCCUCGCAGGUUCUGGCAUUGGAUGAGCGAUAUAGAUUGGCCGAGCACAAUUAUUGGGAGGCGAAGGUGGCGUUUCUCACUCUAGCUGCUGCCUCAGGAUGCAGGGACUACUACGGUAUGAUGGAGAAAACUUUGAAAGAGGUUGGAAGGAUGAAAUACCUUAGGCCUCUCUAUACUGCACUGGUUCAGGGCAACUCCAAGGACGAAGGGAAGAUUCUGGCAAAGAGGAUCUUUGCAGAGGCCAAGGAUAUGUACCACCCCAUUGCCCAAGGGGUGGUGGAGUCCAUACUUUCUAGGCACAUGUGAUCAUUCUUCUCGCUCUAACAACACUUUUUUACUAGCAGUUAGACAAAAGGAUAGUUUUAGGGCUUUAUAAAUUAAUUUUGGAUUUUGGGCUCCUUUUGAUGGGAAGGACAGCAUUGCUAUGCUGUGUAAGGAGAGAAAGUAAUGCUGCUUCUUUUUGAAGUUAUAUAGAUCAUUUCUGGCCUUUUUCGUUUGUGUGUAAAGCUGAUGAAAACAUAUAUAGGAUGAAUCACAUGCAGGAUGGUAACCAUUUGGAUUAUUUUGGUUGAAUUUUUUGUUUGGUUUUGGAUAUCAAAUUUUGAACUGCUGCAAUCG